AGCUGAGUCAAUUUCGAGAUUGUUUUAUCAAAUUGAGCUGGAAAAUAUUAGUCAUUACCACGAUAAUGUCAAACGAAAUGGCCCAUCGGAUGAAGGCGAUCAAAUGCCCUACGGACGAACUAUCGCUAACAAACAAGGCUAUUGUGAAUGGAUCCGAUUUCACGGAGGAGGUCAAAUAUGCGGACAUCUCGCCGGGACCGGGUCUGCACUAUAUAUUCGCGCUGGAGAAGACCAGCGGGGCGGAACUUCCACCCGGCCACGUCGGAUUCUCACUUGUCCAGCGAAAGUGGGCCACACUCUCUAUUAACCAGGAAAUAGAUGUACGACCCUAUAGGUUCGAUGCCAGUGCCGAUAUCAUAACCCUCGUGUCCUUCGAGACGGACUUCCUGCAGAAGAAGACCACCACGCAGGAGCCUUACGACUCGGACGAAAUGGCCAAGGAGUUCCUCAUGCAAUUUGCCGGAAUGCCUCUGACCGUCGGACAAACCCUGGUUUUCCAGUUCAAAGACAAGAAGUUCCUGGGACUCGCAGUGAAAACCCUGGAAGCGGUGGAUCCCCGAACAGUUGGAGAUUCUCUGCCAAAAACCCGGAACGUGCGAUUUGGUCGCAUCCUUGGCAACACAGUCGUGCAGUUUGAAAAGGCAGAGAAUUCCGUCCUAAAUCUGCAGGGUCGCUCCAAGGGUAAGAUUGUGCGCCAAUCGAUCAUAAAUCCGGAUUGGGACUUUGGUAAGAUGGGCAUCGGUGGCUUAGACAAGGAGUUCAAUGCUAUAUUCCGUCGCGCCUUUGCGUCUCGCGUUUUCCCGCCGGAAUUGGUCGAACAGCUGGGCAUUAAGCACGUGAAGGGUAUCCUUUUGUACGGACCACCUGGCACGGGUAAAACUUUGAUGGCCCGUCAAAUAGGUACCAUGCUGAAUGCCCGCGAACCCAAGAUUGUGAAUGGUCCACAGAUCCUGGAUAAGUAUGUGGGAGAAUCAGAGGCUAAUAUCCGGCGACUAUUUGCCGAAGCCGAGGAGGAGGAGAAGCGCUUGGGCCCUAACAGUGGACUGCACAUCAUCAUCUUCGAUGAGAUCGAUGCCAUUUGCAAGGCUCGUGGAUCGGUUGCUGGCAACAGUGGUGUCCACGACACGGUCGUUAAUCAACUACUAGCCAAGAUCGACGGUGUGGAGCAGUUAAACAAUAUUUUAGUGAUAGGAAUGACCAACAGGCGGGACAUGAUCGACGAGGCACUGCUGCGACCUGGCCGCUUGGAAGUUCAAAUGGAGAUCAGCUUGCCCAACGAGCAGGGACGCGUCCAGAUCCUAAACAUUCAUACCAAACGAAUGCGGGACUUCAACAAGAUAGCCAAUGAUGUGGACAACAUCGAGAUCGCAGCUAGGACAAAGAACUUCAGUGGCGCCGAGUUGGAGGGAUUGGUGAGAGCUGCUCAGUCCACGGCAAUGAACCGACUAAUCAAGGCAGAUUCCAAGGUUCACGUGGAUCCUGAGGCCAUGGAAAAAUUGAGAGUAACCCGCGCUGACUUCCUGCACGCCUUGGACAAUGACAUCAAGCCAGCUUUUGGUGCCGCACAGGAAAUGCUGGAAAAUCUAUUGGCACGCGGAAUAAUUAAUUGGGGUCCACCGGUUAUCGGAAUUCUGGAGGAUGGAAUGCUGUCCGUUCAACAGGCAAAGGCCACAGAGAGUUCCGGAUUGGUGUCUGUUCUCAUCGAGGGAGCUCCGAACUCUGGCAAGUCAGCGCUGGCCGCUAAUCUGGCCAAGAUGAGCGAUUUCCCUUUCGUGAAGGUCUGUUCCCCAGAAGAUAUGGUUGGUUUUACGGAGUCCGCUAAGUGCCUGCACAUCCGCAAGAUCUUCGACGAUGCCUAUCGCUCCACGAUGAGCUGUAUUGUGGUGGACAAUGUGGAGCGAUUGCUAGACUAUGGGCCAAUCGGACCCAGGUACUCUAAUCUCACGCUUCAGGCCCUAUUGGUUCUGCUGAAAAAGCAGCCGCCCAAAGGCCGAAAACUGCUGAUCCUGUGCACUUCCAGCCGGAGAGAUGUUCUCGAGGAGAUGGAAAUGCUUCCGGCUUUUACAUCCGUGCUGCAUGUGUCCAAUCUCUCAACUCCCGAGCACGUGCUCGCCGUGCUGGAUGACUCGGAUUUUUUCAGUCCCGAGGAGCUGCAGAAUAUUGCCAGGAAUAUGGCCGGCAAGCGGGUGUGCAUUGGCAUCAAAAAGCUACUGGCGCUCAUCGACAUGAUCCGCCAAUCGGAACCCCACCAGCGGGUUAUAAAGUUCCUCAGCAAAAUGGAGGAGGAGGGCGGACUGGACUUGGUGGCCAGAUCGCACUAGCUAACGCCCAUCGUCAACCUCAGGCUGUCCAUUGUAGAGCUAAACGACGCCUUCUAAUUAUUUUACAUUCCAUUUCCAAACAUCUAGGGUGGGUCGAUUUGAUUAAUAAGGAAUUUAUGAUCAGAUUUCUAUGUUUUGAAUCGUUGAUCUUUCGCCACUAUAUACCAAGUAAAAAUAUAACCUUCAGUAUAAUUACUUUAACACGAACCUUCUUGCUUCCAGGAUCACAUAACUACAAAUGACUUGUAUACUUGGCUUUACUAAGAAUAUCAAGCUCCAAAAUGGUUUUGAGUCCAAUCUGCCAGAAUGCAGGUGGAUCAAAUUCUAUACUUCCAAGGAGCUUUUAAAUUGAUUGGUUUCAAACGUGUUGUACUGAAUCAGAAUUUCACUAAAAUAUUGUAUGAAACCAAUAAAUUUGAUUGUCUUUUUCUGGAAGUGUCUAAUUUUAUAAACUUGAAUUCUGCACAAAGGACCAACAACAAUUUUUAAGAAACACAACAAAUUUAAAAAUGUCAAAUCGACCCACCCUGCAGUGUACUUUCAUAAAUAUGUUUUUUUCAGCUUUAAAUUGCGAUUAACAUUAAGAGAAGGUUUUUAGCUGGAGAGCCGUCAAAAAUAUUGAGUAUCCUAACACUGUUGAAUGCAAUCUUAACGCUUUUAAUCAUUAAUUUUUUUCUUUUAUGUUUUACUAAAAACACUAAAAUACAAAUAAAGCGCACAACUUACCCGUAA